CUCGCGUCGCCCGCGCGCUGCAGAUCCAGGAAGCGGAACGAAUGAAGUUCAUUUCUCACAGCUGGUGAUGGCGGAUGCUGUCGAAAUAGAGACCAUGAAGAAUUAUAACAUAGCGUUUGAGAGGAUAGACCCGAGCAUUAGCCGCUACCCCUACUGUAUUGUAUGGACGCCAAUCCCCGUGUUAUCAUGGCUCUUUCCUUUCAUCGGACACAUGGGGAUUUGCACCUCCACUGGAGUGAUCCGCGAUUUUGCAGGUCCAUACUUUGUCUCAGAGGAUAACAUGGCAUUCGGAAGACCGACAAAGUACUGGAUGUUAGACGUCAGUAAGGUGUAUGCCAGUGGAUCUAACGCCUGGGACACAGCCGUUCACAACGCAUCAGAAGAGUACAAACAGAGAAUGCACAACCUUUGUUGUGACAACUGUCACUCGCAUGUGGCCAUGGCCCUGAACCUGAUGCACUACGACAACAGCACCUCGUGGAACAUGGUGAACCUCUGCCUGCUGUCGCUCAUCCACGGCAAACACGUCAGUUGCGUUGGCUUCCUGAAGACCUGGCUUCCUUUCUGCAUCUUGACCAUUGUGAUCCUGACUGUGACUCUGUCUCUAAACCUGCGAUGACCCAGCGUGGUCACACACAGACGCACGGGCUCGCCACCCAUCAGAGACCCGUCACUCCAGCUCCAGCAGGACUCCAGUGAACAACCAGCUCUUCAGAGCAUCGAGGAGCUCAACAUCCAAAAUCAAACGCUAGACCUCUUCGUCGUAGGGUACAGACAGCAAACACGCCAUGGCGUCUACGUCUUGUGGUGAUGUACGAAACGCUAUUCUCAAAACCUGUCUUCCAAAGGGGGUUGGAGGGUUAUGGUGCUCUUUUAUCGUUUGGUUAGACUUUGAUCUCCAAACUUUAACUGCUGUUUAGGAAAUAUAACACUAUAACUUGUAUAUAAAUAUAUUUUAAAUAUAACUUGAAUAUGAAUUUCUAAUGAUGCUGUGUUCUUUCUGAGAACAUAGUUUAUUGCAGAAACAAUGCAUUGUAUAUUAAGAUACUCUGGGAGAUGGAUUUCCUUUUAAAAGUCUUACUAUCAAUACGAAAGCUUAUUUCAAUUAACACUUUAUUUUAGAAGUACCCUUUUAGUCAUUUUACUGGCAACAUAAGCAGCUUUUUAUAUUGUAGCUUGGCAUGCUUUAAAGUGUAAUUGUUUUUUUUACAAAAAUUGAAUUACUAAUGGAGAUUAGCAUUCAAAAAUGGCUAGUUAAUCAAUUAGCAAAUCUUGUUCGCAUUACGUAUUGAAAAGCAGUCUUUGGCCAGCUGUUAUUGUUAUUGCAUUAAUUUACUAUUAUUAUAUUGCAUUAUAAACCAUUAUGAAAUUGCCUUCUCAAGUUGAAUGUGAUGCAUUUAAAAAAGUGUAAAAUGUAGCUAUAGGACUUGAUUUUAUCCAUUGGGCAUAGAUUGAAUUAGGAAAGAAAGCAUGCAUUCCAUCGCAGAAAAGACCAGACGUGAACACGAAGGCCUUGGUGAAGUCUGUGUGACCGUUGUUUCAGAUCUUUUGAGGAAAGGUUAUGAAGACAGACAUUUAGUUUUCUAAAAUGCACUAAUAAAUCCUGCACAGUAAGACCAGGAAUGAAGGAAAGUAAACGAUGCCUUUAAUAUGUCUUUGUUGUCCUGAGGAACACUUGAUUCACAUUGCAGGGGUUUUGGAUGUUCUGUUUGAAAGCUUUACUCUUUCAAUCUUGAACUAUUAAAUGAUAUAUUUAAUGUU